AUGGAACUAUCAAAAGAGAAUUAUAAGCUUCACAGUUAUUCCAAACCACAAGCACUUACUACUGAAGAGGUGUUAAGGGAUUGGGGAAUUAGGAAUGUGUCUACCAUAACUGUUGAUAAUGCAACUUCAAAUGAUGUAGCUGUAGCAUAUUUGCAUAGAAAAAUAUCAACUAUGAAUGGGAUGAUGGGGGAUGGAAAAUGUUUUCAUAUGAGGUGUGCUGCUCACAUAUUGAACUUGGUGGUAAAUGAGGGUUUGAAAGAUAAGCAUUUGUCUAUUACUAGUGUUAGGGAUGUUGUUAGAUUUGUCAAGUCUUCCCCUCAUAGGGCAGCCAAGUUUAAAGAAUGCAUUGAAUUUGCUGGAAUAACUUGUAAAAAACUAGUAUGUCUCGAUGUUUCAACUCGUUGGAACGCGACAUAUUUGAUGCUUGAGGCUGCAGAGAAGUUUCAAGCUGCUUUUGAUAAGCUUGAGUAUGAAGAGUCGAGCUAUAGGGAGUUCUUUGGAAAAGGUAGUCCUCCUAGUAGUGAUGAUUGGGACAUUGUUAGAGCUUUUAUCUCUUUUUUAAAGUUAUUCUAUGAAGCAACUAAUGUUUUUUCCACCUCUCAAAGUGUGAGUUUGCAUAGUGCUUUUCACCAAGUGUCUGCGAUCUAUUGUGAGCUGAAGCAAGCUACUAUGAACUUGAAUGAUGUUUUUGCAAGUGGAGUUGGAUCUGUGUUUGCUAUCGGGUUGAUCAAAUCUAUAAAAGAGAGCUUACAAAAAUUGUAUGAUUGGUAUAAGAAAGCUUAUGACCAAAAUCAUAAUAGACAACCUAUUGGUAGUGGUGAAAACAAUGUUUCCAAUGAUGAAACAACAAUUAGCCGUCCUUCACUAAUGGCUAGAGUCAAUGCUUUUGAGCAACAUUUAGAGGAACAAGACUCGAUUGAUCAACAAAAUGAGCUUGAGGGUUUUUACUCUAGUAAGUGUGUCAAAAGGGAUCCUAAAUUUGACCUUCUUGUAUGGUGGAAACACAAUUCAACACAAUAUCCUAUUUUAUCUACAAUAGCUAAAGAUAUUUUUGUCACACCAGUGUCUACUCCGUCUUUUAGCUAUUUCAAAGACUUGAACCUCAUGGAAGAUUUUGAGCUUUCUGAAGAUAUUAUAGCAGAAUUUGAAGAAAUUUCUUCUGCAACAAGAAGAGGAUCUUUACCGUCUCAGCCACAACCUUCUGGUUGUGCUUGA